GUGAACCGUGGAGUGCGGGUCUGACGCGGAUUACCUGGAUACUGGUUCGAAGCGUGGGUGGGCGAGCACCAGCAGAGAAAGCUGCACUUUUUUUUUUUUUAGCAGAAACGUUUCUCCACGUUCAUUUCCAAUGGGAUCAUUACCGAGAACUUCAGUCAUGACGAGUCUCCUUUUUCACACUCUUUAUUUAUCACUUAUUCUGGAGGCGAGCUGGGCUAAAGUGGAUGAGGAUCUAGGGGAAGCCGCGCGUCAGAGUGCUGAUGUCCCACUGGCGAUUGAGGAGCGCGUCUUUACGCACGAAAACGCACACCGGGACAUGGUCUCCACCAAUAUGUUCAAAGUGUACGAGAAGUACACUAAAGAGCCGCAGAGCCAGAGGGACGGAAACACCGUGAGGAGUUUUAAAGCUGUCCCCAAAGUCCUUCACGGCAAAGAUGUGUUCCAGUUCAAUCUAUCCUCCAUCCAAGACUCGGAGCUCAUCCUCUCUGCCUCCUUUCAUUACCUCCACAAGCGUCCACGCCAUCACCAGCGACCCUGGCGUUUCCGAAGGCCUCGCCACCCGUCCAGCAGCCUCCAGCAUCCCUAUCCUCCCUCCCCAAAGCUCCUCUUCUAUGGAUCGUCCUCUAACUCUGCUUUUUCAACACCACUGGGAAACAUAACUCUGGCCUCUUUCAAGAAGAGCUCCUGGCAAACAAGCGAUGUAACGGCGGUGUUGAAACAUGCCAGGGAAAACAAAGAGCUUGUGGUCACAGUGGAGUUUGUCUUGGGGUUUGGAGCAGCUCGGGUGCAGCAGAAAGAGCGUUUCUCCUCAGCUAACCUGCCGUAUAUUUUAAUUUACGCCGAUGAUCAAGCUAUAGACGAGCCGAACAGUGUGGCCGUGUCACUCCAGCGGUACGGCUCCUUCCCUGUAGGGGAGGAAACGUCCCCUUCAGCGUCAGCCUCAAGGAUCCGGAGGGAGCUUCACCUCCAGAUCCAAACUAACGACAUCCCGGAGGUCCAGUUCAACUCCCUGAAGAACCAUGAACUGUGGCAGAACACAUAUUUCCCUGCCAAAGCCAAAGCAGCAGUAAAAGCAGGAAGGAAGCAGGGUCAGGACAGCAGCGAGGGCCUGAGUAAGCCCCAGGUGCUGAGCUUCGAUGAGAGGACGAUGAAAAAGGCCCGCCGGAGACAGUGGAGUGAGCCCAGGGUGUGCUCCAGGAGAUACCUCAGGGUGGACUUUGCUGACAUCGGCUGGAGUGAGUGGGUUUUGGCACCAAAGUCAUUUGAUGCUUUCUACUGCGCUGGGACGUGUGGAUUCCCCAUCCCUAAGGUAGUCCGUCCUUCCAAUCACGCCACCAUCCAGAGCAUCGUCAGAGCAGUGGGAAUCGUCCCCGGUGUUCCUGAACCGUGCUGCGUUCCUGAGAAGAUGAGUCCGCUCAGCGUUCUUUUCCUGGAUCCACACAGGAAUAUGGUGCUAAAGGUUUACCCCGGUAUGUCUGUGGACACGUGUUCCUGUCGGUAAGGCUGGAGCUGUGGGACAUUUCAUCACAGAAGAUGGGAAAUUAUCAAGAGGAUGUAAACGUAUAUGAGGACAACAUUUCUAAGAGGACAGUAGUGCUGCUGAACACUGAGGACGAACUGAUCUGAAACAUGGACUCUAGAUGAGACCUGAACUCGUAGAUAAACCUUGGACCUCUCUUUGCAUGUUCAGGCAUUGACUCAGUUACUUAUUGAAGAAUUCUUGUAGAUGUAUUUUUGUCUGUUUUGCCUUUAUUAUCCAAUAGCAGUUUAAGAAGUGCACUUAAUACAAGCCUGUCAUUGUUGUGGCGGUAACUUUUCUGAUGUACAGAUGGACUGAACAAUAAGUACAAAAGUGUUGAUUCUUCAGGAACUUUAUUUGAUCCCUUAUCAGCACAUUAUCACUUUUAUAACACAUUUUUUUUUUUUACUUUUACCUGACAUUUUUGACUCAUACUUUAAUCCUAGCAUCAUGGGUUCAACAGUUUUUCAAAUAUUAAGACUGAAGGACCCUAUUUUUCUUUUCCAGCGCCUUUAAAAUGUACACAUUUCUUGAUAAAGUGAACUUUACAUGGACUCACAGACUCUGGCACCACAUCAUAAUCUUUGUCAUGUAAAUACUGUAGUUAUAAUUCUGUCUGAAUGGUACUAAUUCAUAUGUUCUAUGCUGUCAUUAAGAACCUCCUUUAUAUUAUCAGGGCUGUUAUUAAUGCAUGAGAAGCUAUAUCUCCUCUGAGUUACUUUAGCAUUUGUCUAAAUCGUGUAUAUAAUGAGUGUAUUUGGACACCAUCUGGGAUUUCAUGUUCUCUGAGCGUCAUGUGGUUGUUCCUCCUUCAUUUCUCAGAAGGACAACAGUGCUUUGCUGCCACCUGCUGUGCAUUAUGGGAAAGUUUAAACUUCAGAGGAUAGAGUACUUCCUUUGACUGUUCAGCAUUUCCUCUUUAUAAAUUAGAGCUGUUUUUCAUAGUUGGCAUGUACAGUUUGUAAUAAAAAUAGAUUAUCAUUAUUGAAAGUAUGAUACGAUUUAAUGACUAUGUUUAACAGUGUAAUUUAAUCAUGAUGUGAUGGGUAUUUUAACAAACGAUAGACAUAAUGUAAGCCUGGUAAGGAAAUAAAAAUGAA